AUAUCAUCUAUUACAGGCAGCUGCCCAGCAGGUAGAUACGGCUACAGGUGCAGCUACCAGUGUCACUGUCCACAGGUGUAUUGUAACCCUACUUCCGGUUGUCAGCCUGCAAGUUGUUCCAGGGGAUGGUCCGGACCGACUUGUCAGAAAGAAAAUAUAGCCCUGAACAAGAAUACAUCGGCCAGUAGUGUCUUUCAGCCAUCAUCAAAUGCCGUGGAUGGAGACACGAGAGGAAUCUAUCUUGGGAGAAGUUGUUUUCAUUCUGCUUACAAUAGACCCACUAUAACAUCUGCCUGGUGGAGGGUGGAUCUGGGACAGAAAACACUGAUGCAUGACGUUAUCAUCUACUUCAGAACUGACAGAGGAUUUGAAUUUCGUCGGAAUGGUAUCCAGAUCUACAUAGCUGACACUGCCGCCUCCCCAACUGAUGGAGUCAACUGCUACAACGUGACAGGGAACAGAGACGGGACAGACAUACCUGAUGUUUUGAACGUCACGUGUUCUGAUGAAGGGCGCUACCUGGUCCUGUACACCACCACUGUUAACAACGAUACUGUGGACGUACCAGUCAUGGACUUCUGUGAGGUGGACGUUAACGUGUGUGGUCCUGGUACUUUCGGCGCUGACUGUGACAACUACUGCCACUGUGACGGUGAUGUGUGCAACUACGUGACCGGCGUCUGUCCAAGUCGAGUCUGUCUACCAGGCUGGCAAACACAAACAUGUGAUACAGCCUGUGGUCCUGGUACUUUCGGCGCUAACUGUAGCAACUCCUGCCACUGUGACGGGGAGACGUGUGACCACCUGACUGGCGUCUGUCCAAGUGGAGUGUGUCUACCUGGUUGGCAGACAGAAACGUGCGACACAGUAUGCGAGUCCAGCAGCUAUGGCACCAACUGCACCCAGUCGUGUUCACAACGAAACUGCAGGGACCAAACCUUUGUCUGCAACCAUGUAACAGGGGUGUAUGUGGGAGGCUGUAAGUCAGGAUGGAGAGGAAUAAACUGCAUGCAGGUGUGCGACUUUGGCAGCUAUGGAUCGGACUGUUCUGAGACAUGUUCAAGUAGAAAGUGCCAGUGCGACAACUCUAACUGUGACCACGUGACAGGGGAGUGUGUUGAGGGCUGUAAGACAGGGUGGGAUGCCACAGACUGUACACAGGAACUAAAGACCCGCGUCCUUCCCCUCAUACACAGCAUCAGCCUUGUCAUUGGUGUGGUUGUGGGAGUUGUCCUGACACUGCUGCUGGCGGGUGGGGUACUUCUAUACCUGCUCAGGACAGGAAGGUUGACGUGGAUGCCUGGAUCUGUGAAGGAAGGAGAAAGACAAGAUAAAGCUGACACCAACAUGUCACAGCCAGCUGACAACUACACGUCUAUGUCCGAACUGUCCGACAGACGCGACAUGGACGACAACGACUACGCUGGACUGGACACAGACACAAGAGCUGACAACAAACUCUAUGACGUCAUCCAGAAUUAAGUCGUGGAAACAAAUGAAACAACCUACCGCUGAACAUACCAAGUAGAAUAAAACGUCAAUGACAGGCAACAGCCAGUCUCGAUUAUCAGUGAAAACAGUUCUUUGUGCUCACAGUGGCGAAACAUAGAUAAAUUCCUAUCGGAAUUUGCAUUAAUCAUGCCUUUCACGAAUGUCAGGACAUGUUGUUAGUCACUUAAGACUUGGCAUUGGUACACAGGCAAAACUGAUACCGCUGAUUAUUAUAUACUACAGAAACACACAUGAACAUUUACUUCUUGGGAUGGGCAGUUUCCAGUUAGUACAAGGGUAUACAUAUACACUCAUGUACUCUCUAGGAACAAAACCAAAACCUUAAUAAAAUAGUACACCCCUUGGAAGUUGUAGCAAAAGACACUCUUUAUAUAUACAAACCUCUGUUUUACACACCAGAACGCAAAAACUACUUUGUGCUGUUAUCUCCAAACGGUACAAGACUUGUCUAAUUGGCCGUGGAACUGACCCAGCUCUGUCUGCAUAUUUACACUGAGAUGCAUACAGGACAUACAGAGCUCUCUUCACUUUAAAUGCAGCUUUCUUGAAACAACAUUCUCGGGUUACAAACGGCUGUUAUGUACAAAGAAAUUUGCUGAUCGUAAACGUAACGUUCAAUCUGACAUUUUGAUGGAGGCAGUGGUUAUAAUUAUCUGAUUGAAUCAUUGAAACAAGAUAUUUUUCAUUUAAAUGUAAAAAAGAGUUUUUUUCAUUUUUUGUAUUGUGUUACGAUAGUGAUAUUUCUUUUAUGUAUUAACUAGAUAUUUAUACUUCAUUCCAUCAUGUUUCUAUUAGUUUUCUUCUUGACACAUGUACUAUUACAGAAAUCUCCACCAAGCAGGCAUUACUCUAGAUUCAGGUCAAUGCUCCAUAGUCUCAUCCAUGUAUAACUGCCACAAUGAAAACAGAUAAAAAUAUAAUUACAUUAUGAGCUAAGAGGAGGCAUGCUUGAAGUGUCAGGCCACCAGCGUCUUGCUGAUAUCUUGUUAGACCUUUUCCUUAUUUAUAUCCAGUUUGAGAACAUAUAAAUCUACACUUCU